AUGCCGUGCUCUGCUGUCUCGCGCUUGGGAGCGGGCUCCGCGGACGCCGUGGCGCGGCAGGAGCCUGGGAUGGUCAUUGCAGCACGGGAGUGCCGCUCUGCGUUGCGGUCGCUCUGCGAGCAAGAGCUCUCCGCCCAGUUCAGCGAGGACCAAUGGGACGGGAUCCUGACGACGGUGAUGCGGGAGGUUGGGGCCGAAGUGCCGAUGGAGAUGUGGAUGGCUCUCGCGAAGCACUGCGCCAGGAUCACUCGCCUUGCUCAGGGACCGCAGUAG